UACGUUUAAGAAUACACAAAUCCAAAAUAGACAACAACAACAACACAACAGCAGCAUAAACAACAAAACUAUGUAGCACAGCAUUGCUGGCUCUUGCACAAUUUCUUGCAUACUUGCAACCAAAGAUUCUCCUACUCGUUAUGGUUUAAGUUGCUGCUGCUGCACUAAAGUAAUUUGCUCGUAAAGCUAAGCACUGCUAAAGAUUUAUAUAUGUAUGUGCAAGGGGUUAACGGGAGGAAUGUGUGUAUAAGCACCUAUUCCGUACUUGGCUGCUUGAGCAGCAGCUACAGCGUAACUUUAAAAAUUUUCCCAAUCACACUGCAAACACACACUCAAUACCCUGGAAAAAUGUCGAGUGAAGAAGACAAACCUCCAGCUCCACCAGUGCGUUUAACAAGCAAUCAACGUACCGAUAGAGGUGGUUUCAAUACAGGAUCUGGAGAUGGACCACCGGUUGAUAUGCGUCCUUUACCUAAGGAGCCAGAGGAUUCGGAUCGAAAGAAAAAGACAUUAAAAAAUAAAAUAAAAGGCUCCAAACCUUCGCACACAGAUUCCAAACCUAAUAUAUCCUAUCCAACCAAUUUCGAACACACGGUUCACGUUGGUUUUGAUGCUAUAACAGGAGAGUUUACGGGUAUGCCAGAAGCAUGGGCUCGCUUGCUUAUGAAUUCAAACAUAAGCAAACAGGAACAAAAGAAAAAUCCACAAGCUGUGUUAGAUGUUCUCAAGUGGUAUGAUAAUACAACCAAGCAGAGAGCAAGUUCAAAAUACAUGACAAAUGCUAUAACAACGCAUUCUGGUUCUUCACUAUCGCACGUUAGCAGCAGCAGUCCUAGUAGCACACCAACUGAUUCAGAGUUACAUGGUUCCAACAGUGGAGGUAAUUUGAUUGGUGUCAACAUAAAUAAUCUUACUUUAGGCAAUAAUGCCAAUAAUAUACCAGCAACUGGUGGCGUUGGUAGCCCUCAUAUCGGUAAUAAUUAUGGAAAUCAUCAUCAUACCGCACUUAGUCAAUCACAUUCAUAUAAUUUUGUUGGUGGCAAUACAGCCUCCUCUUCAUCACAACAUUCGUCAGCCAAUGAAGAUGAUAUUUUAGGUACACCACAACCGCCACCACCGCCAGUUGCAUCACGACCAGAACGCACGAAAUCCAUUUAUACACGACCUAUAGAAGAGGUAACACCAACGAUACCGCCACCACCUGCUACAACACCUACAACACCACUGCAUCAACAAUUGCAGCAACAGCAUCUUAACAAUAUAGCGCAACCACAAUAUAAAGCUCCAACAAUAACAACAACCACAACUUUAGAUAAGAACAAAAAUAACGCAACAGCAGCAACAGCAUCAUGUGUUGUCUCUGCGCCGCAACCGCAUCCGCACGCUUUUAACGCCGCAGCAACUGCUGCAGCAGAUUCCAUUUGUACCAUACCUAAUAUUACUACCACUACUAACUAUGACACAACUAACUUCACUCUUACUACUACUACUACUACGACUACUACCACUACUAAUAAUUCUACUACUAGUAUUCAUUUGCAAUUUAUCGAUUUUAAUGCAACGGGUAUGCCAGAAGCAUGGGCUCGCUUGCUUAUGAAUUCAAACAUAAGCAAACAGGAACAAAAGAAAAAUCCACAAGCUGUGUUAGAUGUUCUCAAGUGGUAUGAUAAUACAACCAAGCAGAGAGCAAGUUCAAAAUACAUGACAAAUGCUAUAACAACGCAUUCUGGUUCUUCACUAUCGCACGUUAGCAGCAGCAGUCCUAGUAGCACACCAACUGAUUCAGAGUUACAUGGUUCCAACAGUGGAGGUAAUUUGAUUGGUGUCAACAUAAAUAAUCUUACUUUAGGCAAUAAUGCCAAUAAUAUACCAGCAACUGGUGGCAUUGGUAGCCCUCAUAUCGGUAAUAAUUAUGGAAAUCAUCAUCAUACCGCACUUAGUCAAUCACAUUCAUAUAAUUUUGUUGGUGGCAAUACAGCCUCCUCUUCAUCACAACAUUCGUCAGCCAAUGAAGAUGAUAUUUUAGGUACACCACAACCGCCACCACCGCCAGUUGCAUCACGACCAGAACGCACGAAAUCCAUUUAUACACGACCUAUAGAAGAGGUAACACCAACGAUACCGCCACCACCUGCUACAACACCUACAACACCACUGCAUCAACAAUUGCAGCAACAGCAUCUUAACAAUAUAGCGCAACCACAAUAUAAAGCUCCAACAAUAACAACAACCACAACUUUAGAUAAGAACAAAAAUAACGCAAAUAUAUACACGCACGAUGGUAGCGCAAAUAAUUUAACAGCUUCUGCAGUCACACCUCCAACAGCAACAACUGCAAAUUCUACAACUCAAGCUACUCAGCCGAUUGCGACACCGCCUACUGCCGCAGCAGGAGUAGCCCAACAACGUUCGGGCACAGCGAAAAAGAAGAAAAUGUCCGACGAAGAAAUUCUUGAAAAAUUACGAACUAUUGUUUCUGUCGGUGAUCCAAAUCGUAAAUAUACAAAAAUGGAGAAAAUUGGUCAAGGAGCAUCUGGUACGGUAUAUACAGCAAUUGAAGCUUCUACGGGUAUGGAAGUAGCAAUUAAACAAAUGAACCUAUCACAACAACCGAAGAAAGAGCUUAUAAUUAAUGAAAUAUUAGUGAUGCGAGAAAAUAAGCAUCCAAAUGUUGUUAACUACCUCGACAGCUAUUUGGUGUCUGAAGAACUUUGGGUUGUUAUGGAGUAUUUACCAGGCGGUUCAUUAACAGAUGUUGUUACGGAAACCUGUAUGGAUGAAGGCCAAAUUGCAGCUGUAUGCCGUGAAGUAUUACAAGCAUUAGAAUUUCUACACUCCAAUCAAGUUAUUCAUCGCGACAUUAAAAGUGAUAAUAUUUUACUCGGUCUUGACGGAUCAGUAAAAUUGACUGAUUUCGGUUUCUGCGCGCAGAUCUCACCAGAGCAAUCAAAACGCACAACAAUGGUCGGCACACCAUACUGGAUGGCACCUGAAGUAGUGACACGCAAACAAUAUGGACCAAAGGUCGAUUUGUGGUCACUCGGUAUCAUGGCUAUUGAAAUGGUUGAAGGAGAGCCACCUUAUCUCAACGAAAAUCCACUUAAAGCAUUGUACCUUAUUGCCACAAAUGGCAAGCCUGAAAUUAAGGAAAAAGAAAAACUUUCCAUUGUAUUUCAAGAUUUUUUAAAUCAAUGCUUGGAAGUUGAUGUUGAACGUCGUUCCGGUGCUGCGGAGUUACUGAAGCAUCCUUUUCUUAAACUAGCACGUCCAUUAGCCAGUCUGACGCCGCUAAUUAUGGCCGCAAAAGAAGCCACUAAAGGAAACUGAUUAAAAACAUAAAAUAAGGAUAUAAAACUACUUAAAAGCUGAUAUGGAAGAUAAUAAACAACUUUAUACACAUAAUUAUAUAUAAAAACAUAU